AGAUAUGGAAGGAAGAGGUUCGCUCGCUCCCCUCUGAAAUCGCCACCGCGCUCGGCUUCAGUUGUGCGAGGCCCGGCGGCGAGAGGGCGGUCCGCGGUUCGACAGCGAGUCUGUGGCGAGCGGUAGUCGGACUAAAUGCUCAAGUGCUUUGUAGCAGUGACGGUGGUUGGUGGUGGUGGUGGUUGGUGAGCGAAGCCUGCGUACUUGGGACUUGUCGUGCGCGUUACACACGCGCGCGCGCGAAGACACACACGCGCACACGCACACACACACUCUCUCAGGCAUAUACUGAUACACGCGCACACGCACACGCGCAGAGAUAGGUACACGCGCUCACGUACUUACACAUACACAGAGCGACACGCAACGAUACGCGUACGAAGAGAGACGCACACACACACGCGCGCAUACUUCACACGGAGAUACGCGAAGGUAUACUGCGGAUUACAUGCACUCACACUCUUCGGCGCACAGAGACACACGCGCGCACGUAGACACACGCGCGCGCACGUAGAGACACACACGCACACACAGAGAUCUUUGCAGACACGCACAGACACAGGCGGAGUCAGGCGCGUUCCCUGCUGCUGCAGUCCACAUCACUCGAGUACUCCAUCGCUUGUAAAGUACGUGUGCACACACACGCGCACACGCGCAAAGUCGCCGAUACAUUAUCACGACCGCGACUACUCGAACACUCACAGUGACAACAGCCGCGGACGCUGCAUCGGCUGCCUAUAAAAAGGGAGCCGCACUCCUCAAGGGGUCGCGAACGGCGACCUGGCAGCGCGCUCGCUCGCCGCGCCAGCGAGCGCGCGAGCAACAAGAAGAGUGUUGUGUCAUCGAUCCACAAAGAGCGUUUCAUCGAUUGGGCUCUUCUCCUCCUCCUCCUCAAGUCGGGCUGACGCAUGUGUGCGCAGCUCGCAGACGACGCGCACGGCCAGAGACACGCGCGCUGCAGGGAGACAUCGUCAAGCUCGCCGGGGUUGACAUGAGAUAGAAACUGCGCCGGGGCCGUAUUGCGUCUUUGCAUCACCCCCACCACCCCCUCAUCCUCCUACUACUCCUCCUCCCUACCAGCGCCGGACAGACGUGGCGAGGGAAAGGAGGCAGCGAGCGACUCGCCUCCUCCUCCUCCAGCCCCGUCUCGCCCUGCACCCAACAUGUUUCAACCGGCGACCACCAAGCGCUGCUUUACCAUCGAGUCUCUGGUGGCGAAGGACUGUCCGGCACCCACCAGCCGAUCAGAGCAGCAGCAGCAGCAACAGCAACAACAGCAGCACGAAGCGCCGCUACGGCCGGCAGCCCUGAGCUUCGCCGGCAGUCAUAAUCAUCAGCAUCACCAGCAUCAGCAGCACCAUCACCACAGCUCGGCGUCCGUAUCGGCAGCCGCGGCGGCCGCUGCAGCCGCGGCGGCAGCCGCCGCCUUCGUGCCCGCGUUCCCGCAGCCCACGGCACGGGCACUCUACCCUCACCCUGCCGAGUUGCUCUACUCGGACCCCGGCCAUCACCCCGGCUCGGCUGGGGGUCCCCUUCAAGUCCCCGCGCUGCCUCCGCACCACCACCUGCAGCAUUCUCAUCCUCUGUUCGGACCCCCGCAGCGAGACCCCAUGACUUUCUACCCGUGGCUGCUGAAUCGACACAGAUACCUCGGCCACAGAUACCCAGGGCCCGAGACCGGCCACGAAGGGCUGCUCUUUCCGGGUCCGUUCGCUCGCAAGCCGAAGCGCAUCCGCACGGCGUUCUCGCCGUCGCAGCUGCUGCGCCUGGAGCACGCGUUCGAGAAGAACCACUACGUGGUGGGCAGCGAGCGCAAGCAACUCGCCAGCAGCCUCAGCCUCACCGAGACGCAGGUCAAAGUCUGGUUCCAGAACAGGAGGACGAAACACAAGCGGCAGAAGCUGGAGGAGGAGGGACCCGACGAGCAGCAGAAGAAGAAGGGCACGCAUCACGUGAACCGGUGGCGCAUGGCCACGAAGCAGCCGAGCUCAGAGGACAUCGAUGUCACCUCCGACGACUGAGAGGGAGGGGGGGGGGGCAUCUCGCGCGGUCGCCGUUGCAGAUGGAAGCGUCAGCGUCGUUGCGCAAC